GUUUUCCUGUUCAAAGAAAACAGAGUUAUCAUAGAAUGAGACACAUUCUCACUGUGCUGCCCAGUAAUUGGGGCAUUUAGUUGGGGAGGAGGUGCUAAAUUAUUUCUCCCUUUCUCAAAGAAUUGUACCUCAAUUUGAUCCAACAGCUGAUUAGUAAAAAUGCACAAAUGAUCAUUACAGAUGAGGGAAAAUCCAAGUCAUCUACUUGGACAGCUGAAGACAAGGCUGAAGUUGUCUUUGAGGGCUGUUUAGUGCAUUCGUACAAGGAACAGCUUCAGAUGGAGAGACUGAAAUUGCCCCUGUCUGUACGUGUGUGUUUGGCUGCUUUUUUGGAAGGUGGAAAUGUGGAUUUAAAGUAUGAAAAAGGAAUUGAGUUUGUACCUCUGUGUGGGUGAGAAAUCUAGUUGGUGAAUUAAGAUGUAAGGCAACACCAACUGCUAACUGAAGAGCUUUCUCUGCUUUUGUGUCAUGUUCUUGUACUUCUGAUGUGGAGCAGUAAAUGUCUCCUCCUGAUGUUAGGCCUCUGAGCUCUGGAUGCGAAUGGACUUGAGAAUGAAGCAUUGUCAGCAGUGUUUCCACUUAGCUCUUCCAGACAGCGUGGGGCUCGGCAUCUUUUGCAGCGUUCCAGAGCCUCCCCUUGCAGCUCGGUGCUGGGUGGCUUCAGGUUGGCAGAUUGGGAAGGCAUGCAGAGCAAACAGGUAAUUGCUGAGCCUGGAGCUGUAGCCUUUCCAAGUUAGCAUGCAAAUGUGAACCUUUUUCCAAAUACAAACAUUUAUGAAAGGUAUAUGUAUUUCAGAUAAAAAGCAUCUCUGUCCUGUUUACUUGAAAAUGAUCUGAAGGUCCUGAAGUUCCCAUGGGAGAGGAAGACAGUAAUAGAAGUACCAUGACUUGGAUUAGUUGUAAACCGUGUCAUGGGAUUGGGUAGCUAAAAGUUAAUGUAAAAUAAGAACAUCCAGAUCUUAACGCUUCCAUCAUCUCUAAGUGGUACAGCUGCUCAAUGAAGGUUCUGGGGCUUUGCACCCACCUUCCUGUCACUGCUUUCAAUUCCAUCAAAUAUCCUCGUCUAAAAUAAUCACAGGAAAGUCAGUGGUUUAUCGUUGUUACUAAACUCCAUUGCAACCGUUACUGCAAUGGGAAAGUGUUGCUGUAUUACAAACAAAAUGACUCAACUCUAAUAUAUUAUGUAACUUUGAAGUUAGGCAUGUAUUUUUCAGAUUGUCAUCUGAAAUGCUGCUUUUAAUAGUAAUACUAUAAAAUACAUUGUAGCAAUAACAUGUAAACAUAUGUUAGUUAAAAAAAAAAAAAGUAAAAUUUGCAGUGUCUCACCUAGCUCAUGUGUAUUUGACCCAUUUCUCUACGUAGGACGCUGCUACUUUGGCCAGGAAAAGAAGCCUGGUGUUACAUGUAGACACGGCAUAUUAAACAGACGGAACAGGUAGACAGAGGAUAAUUACACUGAGCAUAUUUUCUGUUUAAAAACAAAGCCCCAGUGACUUGUGGAUUUUCUUCUUUAUUUUGUUUUCUUCCUUGUCUUUGUUUAGUUCAGAGCACUGGAGCAAUUUGUUCUUCAGGAGUCCCUGAAAUACAUUGUUUCUGACAAGGAACAAGAAUUUGUUGAAGAUUUGGCUUAUGCUUUCUGUGGGAGUCAAGGUGAUGGUGAGGAGGCCUGGCCCUUUCUUCAGGCGCAGCAGUGGGGCGGUGGUGGUAGCUGGGGGGUCUGGCUACUUCCUCCUGCUGUGCUGCCUGAAGCUUUGAGCUGAGAGCUUUCUCCAACUGUUUGCCAAUUUCAUUAGAUCUUUUCCUGUCUAGAAACCUGGAAGUCAGCACAUGCUGAGAAGAAUCUGCCAUUUCUGAUGAAUAAAUACGCACAGAUCUGUACAAAUCAGUGGUGCGCUUUUCAAGAAUCUGUUUUGUUUCCUCUCUGUGCUGGUCAAGGAAACAAACAACUAUUUUAAAAGGCUGUAGGGAGGUGGCGUUGCACGUGUCUGGAGUAUCUGUGGAGACUGAAUGUGGGUACUGUCUGAGUUGGUAUUCUCGCAUUGGAGCUAGUUAAUGAGCGGUUUGUUUGGAGGCUGCUGGUGACCAGCAGCACCCUGGCAGCGGGCUGUGCGUGUAGCAGCCUUCCCUUGCGCCUUUCCCUUUGUGAGUCACGGUGGCUGCGCUUCCUCGAGCAGUCCUGGCUGUGCUGCCCGUGUCGUGCAAAAAGGGGUGAAAAGCCCUGGGUUUUGAUCUCUGGUCAGCGUGGUGCUGGUGGCAGCACCUCAGUGUUCCUGGAGCGUUGACAGGUGUUUCCUCCAAGGCUUCAUGCUGCAGUUCUGCGUGUCCCUUGUCCUGCUGUUUGGGUAGGGAAGUUGAAGCAAGUGUGCUGAAGGAAAUGAUGGGAUUCCUAACAGAGGAAUGAAAUGUCUUUCUCGGUAUGUUGGCUCAUUUGUUUUUGCAAUUACUUGUUUUGCUUUGGGAUUUCAAUGGUCAAAAGAUAAAUGCAGCAAUAGUAGAUUAAAGGGGAGUAUGUUUUUUCAUCCCUUUAAGAGCUCUGACUGUGCUUUCAGAUGAGCUGGGUGAAAAGCUGUUGUCCAGUAUAUGUGAAUAUUUUGGCCAGUGUUGAAAGCACUGCCUCAGCAGCUUCAUUCUUAAGGGACAGGUUCAACUUCCAGCUUGUUUUGUUUUACUUCUACUAUUGCAUUUUGGUUUUGGGGGGAGGGAUUUCUGCAUAAUACUGAAAAGUGCACUGAGAUAGGGACAUCUUGUACAAGUGUCCUAUUACCUUAAGGGCACUGAAUGUUCAUCACACUAAAUAAAAUUUCUAAACAGAUGGCCAUAAUUAACGUAAAAUACUAGAACACCAAAUAGACUUGAUAUGUGGAUGUAAUUAUUUCAGUGGUCCAGUACUUUAGCAUUAAUUAAAUGUUAGCACAGCCAACAAUGGAAUCAUAGCGAAGAGUUACUGAAUUCAAAUGCAAAAGAGAGAGCACUGCGUUCUCAAAACAUUUACCUUUUUCCAUGACAGGAAAAAUAUAUAUAUUUUUUGAAAUGUGUCAUUGAAAUAUCUCAAUAUUUGCAUUCUAACAAGCUGCUGGGAUAGACUUGUUCAGAGCCUUGAAGUGAACUAACAGGUAUCCAGGUUGCAUAGAAAGUCAACAUCGCUGCACAUUGCAGUGCGGGGUGGGGCUGUUCUGCUCUCAGGUGAAUGUGGAUGUAAGUUUUCCACCAAAGUUUUACUGCAAAUGGUUUCAAAGAACUUCCUGGGCAUGUUACCUUUUUCAUAGAACUUAAGUUAUGUAAAAUAUGACAUAUUUUAGAACAGUUUCUUUUUUUUUCUGUGGGAUAGAUAGAUGUAAAAGUCUUGCAUGAUACAUCUGAACAGAGAAUUUUCAAGAGAAAAUAUUUAAUAACAAACCAAUUGAAGUUAUUGCUUGCUUUACCCUUAAGCAUUAUCCAAAAUGCCAGGGUUUUCAGUACAUGAGAUGUUUUCCUGUGAGUUUGGUGAAGUGGAGUUGUGCUGUUGUGUCAGGUAGAGAUGUAAAAAGCAAAACUGGGCAGAGCAAUCUGCCUUUCUUGAGCCCUCUGAUGAGGGUGGGGGGAAGGUAAAUGUCAUAAGAGAAUCAUGGAAUUAUUAAGGUUGGAAAAGACCAAUAAGAUCAUCUAGUCCAACCGCAUCACCACCAUGCCCCCUACACUGUGUCCCUAAAAUAAUACUAAUCUCUCAUUAUUAGUAUCUUUUUAUGAUUCUCAAUAGAAUAUGGUUUGAUAUCUGGCUAAACCUGAAUAAAAACUUUAGGGGGAAAGCAUUGUUCUACUUCAAAUGAAGUGAACGUAGGUAACAUUUUGUACCCUGACCUCUUAAUUUUUUGUGCCUUCACCACACCCUCCCCAGGCCCAUUCUGUAACCAGGGAGUGCUCUUAGAGUUGUGGAAGGUUGAGUUUAGAUGAGAUUGAUGGAUGCUUACGCUCUUUCUGUGCCAAUAAAUGUCUUCCUUUUCCUACACUGAAGUCAUAUUUAAUCGUGUGGGAACAACUUUAAUGCCAUUUAUUGUGAACGUGUUCAAAUUCAACUUACUGUAGCCUAUAGUAAUUCAGUUCAUGAGCCUUUUUUUGUACAGUUAUUAAACUAUCAAAAAGUUGUGGUUUUGAGUACUUUGAUGUUAGGAUUGAAUGUUAGUCUGUAAAACAUUAAAAUGGUAUUUUUUAAUUCAAACUCAUUCUAAAUUACCAGAAAGCAUGUUUUAAAUAAUCUGUUAUUCACUUACAGCUGCCAAAACGUAGUACAGUGAAAUAAUGGUCUUCUAGCCUGCUAAGCAACUGUCCAGCUUCCACAAUGCCUGUGCAGGCAGCUCAGUGGACAGAAUUUCUGUCCUGCCCAAUCUGCUACAACGAGUUUGAUGAGAAUGUGCACAAACCCAUCAGCUUAGGUUGCUCUCACACUGUCUGUAAGACCUGCCUGAACAAGCUCCAUCGCAAGGCAUGUCCUUUCGACCAGACUGCCAUCAAUACAGACAUCGAUGUUCUUCCUGUAAACUUUGCACUCCUCCAGUUAGUUGGAGCCCAGGUACCUGAUCAUCAGACAGUAAAGUUGAGUAAUGUAGGAGAGAACAAACAUUAUGAAGUAGCAAAGAAAUGUGUUGAGGAUUUGGCACUCUACUUAAAGCCAUUAAGUGGAGGAAAAGGUGUUGCUAGCUUGAAUCAGAGUGCACUGAGCCGUCCAAUGCAAAGGAAGCUUGUGACGCUGGUGAAUUGUCAGCUGGUAGAGGAAGAGGGUCGAGUUAGAGCUAUGAGAGCAGCUCGAUCACUGGGCGAGAGAACCGUUACAGAAUUGAUCUUGCAGCACCAAAAUCCUCAGCAGCUUUCUGCCAAUCUUUGGGCUGCUGUCAGGGCACGAGGAUGUCAGUUUCUAGGGCCAGCUAUGCAAGAGGAGGCACUGAAACUUGUAUUACUGGCACUGGAAGAUGGCUCCGCACUCUCAAGAAAAGUUCUGGUUCUUUUUGUUGUGCAAAGGCUAGAACCAAGAUUUCCUCAGGCCUCUAAAACAAGCAUUGGUCAUGUUGUGCAGCUACUGUAUAGAGCAUCAUGCUUUAAGGUCACUAAAAGGGAUGAAGAUUCUUCUCUGAUGCAACUUAAAGAAGAGUUUCGGAGUUACGAGGCUUUGCGGAGAGAACAUGAUGCCCAAAUUGUUCACAUUGCCAUGGAAGCAGGACUUCGAAUAUCACCAGAACAAUGGUCUUCCCUUCUUUAUGGUGACUUGGCACAUAAAUCACACAUGCAAUCCAUUAUUGACAAGCUCCAAUCUCCAGAGUCUUUUGCAAAGAGUGUACAAGAACUGACGAUCGUCUUGCAGCGCACAGGUGAUCCUGCAAACUUAAACAGGCUGAGGCCUCAUUUAGAGCUCCUGGCAAACAUAGACCCAAAUCCAGAUGCAGCAUCUCCAACAUGGGAGCAGCUGGAAAAUGCAAUGGUGGCUGUAAAGACAGUAGUACAUGGGCUGGUGGAUUUCAUUCAGAAUUACAGUAGAAAAGGCCACGAAACUCCACAGCCACAACCAAAUAGCAAAUACAAAACAAGUAUGUGCCGAGACCUUCGACAGCAAGGGGGAUGUCCAAGAGGAACCAACUGUACAUUUGCUCAUUCUCAGGAAGAGCUUGAAAAAUACCGCUUGAGGAACAAAAAAAUCAGUGCAACAGUGAGAACAUUCCCCCUUCUAAAUAAAGUUGGCGUUAAUAGCACCGUCUCAACCACUACAGGAAGCGUAAUUUCUGUCAUAGGAAGCCCUGAAGCAACAGGGAAGAUGGUGCCAAGUACUAAUGGAAUAGCUAAUCUAGAAAGUGGUGUUCCCCAAUUGAUCCCUCGCUGUGCAGACACCUCCUUGAGAGCUCUGGAAAACACCAAGAAGGCAGGGAAGAGUGGAGCCAAUGGCCAGAAUGUUUCUGGAUCCCCUACAGAAUCGCUCCCUGAAAAUAAAAUUGGUUCUCCACCUAAGACUCCUGUAAGCCAGGCAGCAGCUACCUCAGCUGGUCCUCCUAAUAUUGGAACAGAAGUGAAUUCUGUGCCUCCAAAAUCCGGCCAGUUUGUUCCCAGAGUUCCUGUUUACCCUCCACAUUCUGAUAACGUUCAGUAUUUCCAAGAUCCCAGAACUCAGCUAUCAUAUGAAGUUCCACAGUACCCACAGACAGGAUACUAUCCACCACCUCCAACAGUACCAGCUGGCGUGGCUCCCUGUGUUCCUCGCUUUGUGAGGUCCAAUAAUGUUCCAGAAUCCUCCCUCCCACCUGCUUCCGUGCCAUAUGCCGAUCAUUACAGUACAUUUCCACCUCGAGAUCGACUGAAUUCUCCUUACCAACCUCCUCCUCCGCAGCCGUAUGGACCAGUUCCUCCUGUCCCUUCUGGAAUGUAUGCUCCAGUUUAUGACAGCAGGCGCAUCUGGCGCCCACAGAUGUACCCACGAGAUGAUAUUAUUAGGAGCAAUUCUUUACCUCCCAUGGAUGUGAUGCACUCAUCUGUCUAUCAGACAUCAUUACGUGAGAGAUACAACUCUUUGGAUGGGUAUUACUCUGUGGCUUGUCAACCUCCGAACGAACAGAGGACUGUGCCUUUACCAAGGGAGCCUUGUGGUCACUUGAAGACUGGGUAUGAUGAACAAUUACGACGGAAGCCAGAACAGUGGGCACAAUAUCACACACAGAAAACUCCUCUUGUAUCAUCGACCCUUCCUAUGGCAACUCCAUCUCCAACGCCACCUUCUCCUCUCUUCAGUGUAGAUUUCAACACAGAGUUCUCUGAGAGUGUCAGUGAUUUGAGUGGAACUAAAUUUGAGGAAGAUCAUCUCUCUCACUAUUCACCGUGGUCUUGUGGCACAAUUGGCUCUUGUAUAAAUGCUAUCGACUCAGAGCCCAAGGAUGUGAUUGCCAAUUCAAAUGCUGUGUUAAUGGAUUUGGACAGCGGGGAUGUUAAAAGGAGAGUGCAUUUAUUUGAAACUCAGAGAAGGGCAAAGGAAGAAGAUCCUAUAAUCCCAUUUAGUGAUGGACCGAUCAUUUCCAAGUGGGGUGCAAUCUCCAGGUCAUCCCGCACGGGUUAUCACACAACAGAUCCAAUUCAGGCCACUGCUUCCCAAGGAAGUGCAACUAAGCCCAUCAGUGUAUCAGAUUAUGUUCCUUAUGUCAAUGCUGUUGACUCAAGAUGGAGUUCUUAUGGCUCAGAUUCAGCUUCAUCAGCACGUUAUGCAGAACGGGACAGAUUCAUAGUUACAGAUUUGUCUGGUCACAGAAAGCAUUCCAGCACUGGAGAUCUAUUAAGUAUUGAAUUACAGCAGGCCAAAAGUAACUCAUUAUUACUUCAGAGAGAGGCAAAUGCACUAGCCAUGCAACAGAAGUGGAAUUCUCUAGAUGAAGGCGGUCGACUUACCUUAAAUCUUUUAAGCAAGGAAAUUGAUUUGAGGAAUGGUGAGACUGAUUAUAGUGAAGACUGUGCUGAUACAAAGCCAGAUCGAGACAUUGAAUUGGAGCUAUCUGCCCUUGAUACAGAUGAACCUGAUGGGCAGGGUGAACAAAUAGAAGAGAUUCUGGAUAUACAGCUAGGUAUCAGCUCUCAAGAUGAUCAGCUGCUCAAUGGAACAACUGUAGAGAAUGGGCAUCCACUAAAGCAGCACCAGAAAGAAUCUAUGGAACAGAAGAGACAAAGUUUAGGUGAAGACCUUGUGAUUCUGGAGGAGCAGAAAACAAUCCUGCCCGUAACUUCUUGCUUCAGUCAGCCGAUCACAACAUCUGUUAGCAAUGCAAGCUGCCUGCCCAUCAGCACAUCAGUCAGUGUUGGCAGCCUCAUUUUGAAAACUGCUCACAUUAUGUCUGAGGAUAAAAAUGACUUUUUAAAGCCUGUUGCAAAUGGCAGGAUGGUUAACAGCUGAAAGGCAUUCAUCUUUCCAGCUUGUGACCACACCGUGGAAGCAUUUACACUAGCUUUUUAUAUAUAUAAUAUAUAUUAUAUAAUGUAUAUUUUUUUUAAAGAAUAAUAUUGGGGUCAUGCAUUUCCUGUGGACUCUUUGAUACUUCAAGCCCCUCUCGCAUUAGCAUUCUGAAGAAAAAAACUUACUUUAUUAGGGUAAGGCGUUCACUUUCCACAGAUGAAUGGAAUUUGGACAUUGUUUUACUUAAGCUUAAAGCAGCUUUUUAUGAGUUUGUAGCAAUCCGGUGCGGUAUCUGAGCCAUUCUUGUUUAAAAUGGCUUCUGUAGAAAACUAACAACUCAGUUAUUUAAACUAGCAGGAUCCUACGAUGAUACAUCUAGUGAAAGGAAGACUAACUUAUUUGUCUCUAUUUUGUUUCAUGAGAGAAGAACUUGUGUCUUGUUGCAGCUGCUUUUUCCUUAGUUGUGGAACUUUGCAUGGAGUAUUGUUUCCUGAUUGAAGACUGAGAGGUGGGGAUUUGGACUUGAGACUUUUUACAGGGUUAACACACCAUUAGCUUUGCACUGCUGCGUUAUUUGCAGGUCUGUGGUGCAGUGCUUUGCUGCAGCGUUUUGUUUCCAUUCCCCCCCGCGCACAUACACACACACAUGCACACACACACACACACACACAUUUCUGCUUUAGUACUGUAGAUACACACAUAUACAGGCUACUUGUCCAAGUAAAGUUACCAGAAGUAAACCAAGUGCCUAAGUCCUCCAGCUAACGUACUAGGUAUUGAUCUCCCAAGUUAUACAUGAAGCAAUUUUCAACCAUAUUGAGAGGUUAUGCACUAAUGUAACAACAGUUUGUUCUUUUCUUUUUUUAUUAAUAGUUCUCAACUUGCAAAUUAUAGAAUCCAGAUGACUUGGCAAAAAGUAUCAGGUGCUCUAUGCUUUCCUUUGAAAACCCUGUAUGUAGUGUUUGCACUGACUAACAAGAUGGUAUUGCUGUUUUUGUACUGUUUUGUUUUUAAUUUAAACUAAAUAUUGGGAAUUUAAGGCAGUUAUUACCUUUUAUUUAGUGUUGUUAAUCAUAAUUUUGUAUUCAGGUUUAAUUUUGCUCGUUCAGUGGCAACUUAUUUUCAAAGACUUUGAAAAUACAAUAAUAUAGCAUUAUCUGACCUGUAGAGCUCUGAGAAGUGUAUGAAUUUAUGCCCUGUUAAGAUGUGACUGAGAAUCGUGUUAGACAUGUCAGCUGAAGAUAGAUUUUUCAUAAAUGCACACAAAGUAGAGCCCUGGGCAUAUGUUUGUUCGUUUGGUUUUUAAGAAGCUUAAAAAUCAGCUUUUUUUUUUUAUUUUUGAAAAGAAAGCAGGACUCUCCCUCCUGAUGAUUACCAUCUUGUUUGUCCUCUUACUUUUCUUUGUGACAAGUUUUACUUUUUGUUUGUUUUAUUAACUUCUGUGAAGUUGUUUACUCUGAAAAUUGUACUGGAAUAUUUUAAGCCAAGCUGAUCUUUCACCAGGUGUACUGCAUGUAAGGGCUUUUCCUGCUAGCAAAAUGCUUAAAGAGGAUCAUGUUACUGGUCGUCUGAGUUGUUAUUUUACAAAAUCACAGCUAUGUGGUCGGGUAAGAUUUUGAUAACUGUUUUGUGCACGUUUCUGGGGGGUGGGGGUUGGCAUUUCCCUGAGGGUUACUGAUUAGACUAAGUAAAUAUUGGUGUUUGAUAUCUCUCCUAAUGAACCUGUCCAUGAAAUAAUUAUGUUGUAAAUAUACCUGAAAAUCCAAGGGUUAGUUUUGAUAUUCUGGUGUCAGUAUGGAAGAUCUUACGCUCUAUUUAAUACUCAAAUGUUAAGGAAUGUAUGUAGAAAAACAGUCAAGUAGUCUUUUAGUUUCCUUUGGCUGUUGCUGUACCUUCCUAUAGCCAGUGCCACCUCAUAGCUAGGGUUAGAUCGAUGCUUUGUUUCACUUGCAACUCAAAGUGAAUGGAUACAAGAACCAGACCACCUUUGUCACCUUAACUUAUUUCCUAUUGAUGUUAAAUUUAACUUAGAAUGUUAGACAUAAAUAUGAUUGUUGUAUAUUUUAUACCAAGACCAUUCUGUAAAUAUGAAUUUAUAUUACUUUUGAAAUGCUUCUGAGAUACUAUUAUUUGCUGUACAAUGUAAUUCCAAAACAGAUAUGCAAACAAGUAUGUCUCUUUCAUGGAUAUUUAAACAGUGAGAUCUUCCAUGUUGAAGGUGAUGUAAUUUUUUUAAAAGAUUUUUAAAUUUUAAAUUGCUAUUUUGUUACAAAAAUAGAGAAAAUAUAAAGGUUUGAGAAGUCCUUAUUUGCCCUCAGGGAAAGAGCCCUCUGUGCACCAGAACUCCACAGAACAUCUUCAGCAUGAUCUGAGGGUGAAUAUAUACUACAUAAAUUGAUUGUGUAUUUACCUUAACUUUUUAAUUUUAAAAUUGCAGUUUUAAAAACUUGGUUGUGCUCUGCUGGAGGGGGAUUGGAUUAAGCUGCUUACACACAUUUGCCUGUUUGUCCAGUGAAGUUACAUAAGCCUAACAUAUUCCUGCCAACCAUAUUGGCAUAUAUAAGAACAAAUGUAUCUACCUACUCUUGCCUGCAGCAGGAGGUCCCAUGAUAUCGUAGUUCUCUAGGAUGACCAUAUACUUCAUAUGGAGAGUUGGUUCUUAACUGAGACUAGUUAUUUUCUUGAAUUUUUAAUAUAGAGAAUGACAGGCAAAAGAAUUACCUGGGCAUUUAAAUAGCAUGCCAGCUUUUGUCUUACAGUUCUAACACUGACUGUGUGAUUUUUGCCAUGAAACUAUGCCCUCCAGUGCCCUGACAAGUAGAAGCUACAGGUGGGAACCUAGUUCUGGCUUUCUUCCUUGGUGGAGUUUCAUCCCUUGACCCUAUGAACAAGUAUGUAUUCAUUUGUCUAGUUCCAAAUCAGGUGCCUUUGGGCUAUGGAAGGGCUUACUUUCUGACACUGAGAUAUAGUUACUAAUCUUUGUGCGUUAAUAGCAGUGGUUCUCAUUUAGGUUUUGGCCUAAGAUACCUUUGUUGUCAGAAAAAAAAGAAAAGGCCCAUAGCAGAUUGGGGAAGAGAGAUUGGCUCUUUUGCUUUGCUUGGACAAGCAUUUUGGGUUUGUUUGUUGUGUUUUUUUCUUUUGUUUUCCCCUCUUUAGGGGUACAGCAGGGAUUUCACAUGCAAGAGAUACAGGAAUUAUUAGUAUCUAAGUUAAUUGUGUUGCCUCACUACCUGGAUUCAUUCCUUGUUUUGCCUCAUUUUCCACAUAGGUCUUAAUAGAGACUAAUGCUUUUGCUGGGAGAAUGCUUGUGUGAAAAGUAAUUAUCUGUACAUUCUUAACAUAUAAUUAUAGCAGAGUGAUAGCCCUGCUACUGAUAUUUUGUUCCUGUAAACAGGUGACAAGAAAUGAAUCUUAGUGUUUAUGCAGAUUUUGCAUUGUAGAAUGUAUACUAGACCCUUCAAAGGAAAGGUUAGACUCUUUGCAAAGCAAACUGGCGUUGGUUCUUGGUAGUCUAGUACAGGGAUGCUAAAGUUUGACACUUGAUUUAAAAAAAAAAAAGUACACAGCUGAUUGCUAAAUAAGCUCUUAAUUGCUCAUUGUAGAAGUCUAAUCUGGCAGGUUUUAGUGCUUUUGAUAACACAGUUGUGUUAUCACACAAUUUUAAUUAUCCUGUACUCAAGAGCUGAAUGCUGUUCUUGUAUAAUAGUGUACUAGGCUGGAUGAGGUACAAAGCAAUGCACAGUGGUUGGAAACAGCUGAGGAAAGAACACUUAAAAUAACUAUCUACACUCAGAAUAGUUCCAAACAUGUUUUUGUUUGCUUUCUUAAAGCACAAGUUGUCAAGUUGUAUCUGUUGCUGUACAUAGACACUGUAUGCCAGCAGCUCCUUGAUCAUCUUUGUGAACAGAUUCUUCAUUAUUAUUAGACUUAAAGGAAGAUGUUGAAUUUGAGAGUGUAACAAAAUGAGAAAUGAUUGAAUUAUCUAUAGUAUGUAAAAGUCCAUUCUUUAUGUUGUAGUUUGAUCCCUUCUGUUAGGCUGUUCCCUCUCAUUGAGGGACCUCUUCUGCAAGCAGAACACAACAAAUGUGCUUUGGAAUGACCCAGUUUUCAGGAUGAACGAGCAGCGCGCUUUGGCAGCAGGCAGCACUGUGCGUCUCUUUGCUGGCAAGGGAGCACAGCGAGGGAAGGGAGCUGUCGGUGACGGGAGAAAGCCAAAAAGGAAUCGCUGAAAUUCCCACAUCCAAACGUAGCACUGCACCUCCUGUUGUAAUCGAGAGGUUGCUGCGAAGGCUGAACUCGAACUGAGCCUGCGUUUCUCGCUGCCAAAAGCCAGGGUCGUUGCCCAGAGCCCAUUGACUUACCCAGAGUAGAUCUCCGUGAAUCCAAGGCAUGGGAUGCAUGCAUUUCGUAGCUGGGCAAACAAGUAUAUUAUACGGUAGUUGUGAUACAACACACGUGGCUUUGAUUUGUACUGCACAUCCCCACUGUACAGCCACUCCGAAGUAUCGUGGUUAGCUUGCAGCAUCUGCUGUCCGCAUUUAUACUGUUUACUGCGUAUUCUUUUCCCUGGAAGUUUAAGGAAAUUUUUUUCUUGUUGCAUCGAUUACAUUUUAUAAAUUUGCUUAGCUGGAAAGUUUGGGAAAAGAGGCCUGUUUGUCAAUUGUACAACCGAUUGUGAAGCUCUAGUGUGAAUAUUUUUACGUCUGUAUUAGACAUUUUCUUUGCAAAUCUAUUGUUCGAUUGAAAUGUAAAUGAAAUAAAAGAUGGUGUACACCCAUCAUGUAUAAAGCAGGCACCAUCGCUACGAUGGAUUUAAUGCUCAUUUUUAUGGCGCAUUCUCAGCUUCUAUUUAAAACUAUAAUUUAAAAUCUGUAAAAUGAAAUGGGGUUAUAUGGGGGAGUAAAUUCUAUUCCGUUUAUUUCGGUUUGAGUUCCCGACUCGUCUGUUCCCUCGUGUUAGAGUAGGGGGGCCCCGCGCGGGGCGGCCGUGCGUGUUUGCUGUAGCACUGAAGUGAAGAGGUUUUAGCUUUGGCUGGUCACAGAGUAGAGCAUCAUGGUUUUCAGUGUUUGAGAGAAUCGAUGGAAGAAGUUUGCAGUAUUGACAUGUAUUUGCAUGCACAAAUAAAAAUUAUUUGUCCACCUUAA